AUGAGAAGCCGAAGAAAUGGUACCAUGGAGAGUUCAAAAAGUCUUUACUCCAGCAUCUCCCGCAGCACAGAUCUGUCCUACAACGAAAGUGAUUUAGUACAUUUCAUUCAAGAGAACUUUAAGAAGAGAGAAUGUGUCUUUUUCACCAAAGAUACCAAAACAAAUGACAACCUGUGUAAAUGCGGCUACUCAAAAUCUCAGCACAUAGAAGGCACUCAAACUAAUAACCAAGAGAAGUGGAAUUACAAGAAACACACUAAAGAAGUCCCGACAGAUGCCUUUGGAGACAUUGAAUUUGAGAACCUGGACAAGAGAGGAAAGGUGUUAAAAUGCUCUUGUGGUAUGGAGAUCAAAGAAGUCCUUGAAAAUCCACAUCUGCUUACUGUGAUCAAAAUAGAAGAAGCCGGAGAUGAGAUCGUGAGCAAUGCAAUUUCUUAUGCUCUUUAUAAAGCUUUCAGUACCAAUGAGCAAGAUAAAGAUAACUGGAAUGGGCAACUAAAAUUGCUUUUGGAAUGGAACCAGCUGGAGCUGGCAAGUGAAGAUAUAUUUACCAAUGAUCGGCGGUGGGAGUCUGCUGACCUUCAGGAUGUCAUGUUUACUGCCCUGGUGAAGGACAGACCAAAAUUUGUUCGCCUCUUUCUGGAAAACGGCUUGAAUCUGAGGAAGUUUCUCACAAAUGAAGUUUUGACUGACCUCUACAGCAACCAUUUCAGCAGUCUGGUGUUUAAAAAUCUACAGAUUGCUAAGAAUUCAUACAACGAUAGCCUCCUGACGUUUGUGUGGAAGAUGGUGGAAGAUUUCAUGAGAAGCACCAAAAAAGAGGACAAAAAUAUAAAAGAAGACUUGACAGAGAUAUACUUAACGGAAGGUUCUCCAAUUCCAAGGCAUCCCCUGCAGGCUCUCUUUAUCUGGGCAGUUCUUCAGAACAAAAAGGAACUAUCCAAAGUAAUCUGGGAACAGACUCGAGGCUGCACUUUGGCAGCACUGGGGGCCAGUAAGCUCCUGAAAAGCCUGGCUAAGGUGAAGAAUGAUAUCAACGCUGCCGGGGAGUCAGAGGAACUGGCAAAUGAAUAUGAGACGAGAGCUGUGGAACUGUUCACAGAAUGCUACAGCAGUGACGAGGAUCUGGCCGAACAACUGCUUGUCUACUCUUGUGAGGCAUGGGGUGGCAGCAAUUGUUUGGAACUUGCUGUGGAGGCAAAGGACCAGCAGUUCAUUGCUCAGCCCGGAGUCCAGAAUUUUCUUUCGAAACAGUGGUAUGGAGAGAUCUCCAGAGACACUAAAAACUGGAAGAUCAUUCUGUGCCUUUUCCUUUUCCCUUUAAUAGGCUGCGGCUUCAUUUCCUUCAGGAAGAAGCCAGCAGAGACCAGCAAAAAGCUGUCCUUAUACUACGCCUCAUUCUUCGCGUCACCCUUUGUGGUCUUCUCUUGGAACGUCAUCUUCUACAUUGGCUUCCUCCUGCUGUUUGCCUACAUCUUGCUCAUGGAUUUCCAGAAGGAGCCCACUAUGCUAGAGUUCUUCCUCUACGUGCUGGUCUUCAUCCAGCUCUGUGAUGAAGUGAGACAAUGGUACAUGUAUCGCAAUAAGUACUUUUCAGACAUGUGGAAUGUUGUAGACUCACUUGCUAUCUUUUACUUCACAUCAGGCAUUGUGUUCAGGCUCCACUCUUCCAAUGAAACAUCCUGGUAUGCUGGCAGAGUCAUCUUUUGCUUGGAUUACAUUAUUUUCACUCUGCGGCUCAUUCAUAUUUUCACAGUGAGCAGGAAUCUUGGACCCAAGAUAAUAAUGCUUCAGAGGAUGAUGAUAGAUGUUUUCUUCUUCCUGUUCCUCUUUGCUGUGUGGAUGGUGGCCUUUGGUGUAGCAAGACAAGGGAUCCUGCGGAGAAAUGAGCACCGUUGGGAAUGGAUUUUCCGAUCCGUCAUUUAUGUGCCUUACCUUGCCAUGUUUGGCCACUAUCCUGAUGACAUUGAUGGUACUACAUACAAUUUUGAACAGUGCACCUUCACGGGGAAUGAGUCCAAACCUCUGUGUGUAGAGCUGGAUUCCAACAACCAACCCCGAUUCCCAGAGUGGAUCACCAUUCCACUAGGGUGUAUCUACAUGCUGUCCACGAACAUCCUCCUGGUUAACUUGCUGAUAGCCAUGUUUGGUUAUACUGUUGGAUCAGUCCAAGAAAACAAUGACCAAGUAUGGAAAUUCCAGCGCUAUUUCUUAAUUCAGGAGUACUGCAGACGGCUAAGUAUUCCAUUUCCUUUUGUCAUCUUUGCAUACAUCUACAUGGCAUUAAGGAAACUGUUGAAAUGCUGGUGUAAAAAUGAAUGCAAGCAGCCAACCACCUGCUGUUCAAGGAACGAAGACAAUGAAACUCUGGCCUGGGAGGCGGUCAUGAAAGAAAAUUACCUAGUCAGAAUCAAUACCAAGGCUAAUGACUCAACAGAAGAAAUGGUUCAUCGAUUUAAACAACUGGAUAUGAAGCUCAGUGAUCUGAAAUGCCUUCUGAAAGAGAUUGCAAGCAGACUCCGGUGA